AUCAAAGCCCUCACUCGGCCGACUACGGUCCAACAGGCCCCUGGUUCCGAUAACCAGCGCGCCCCCCGAAACUUAGCCCCCGAAAUCCAUCCGUUCGAGAGAGCCAGAGAAUACCAGAGAGCGCUCAAUGCUGUCAAGUUGGAGCGCAUGUUCGCCAAGCCCUUUUUGGGACAGUUAGGGAGCGGUCACGUACAGGGUAUCUACAGCAUGUGCAAGGACAAGAACUCUCUCAGCAGUGUUGCUUCCGGUUCCGGUGACGGCAUCGUCAAGGUCUGGGAUCUUACGUCGCGGGAGGAGGUUUGGAAGGCAUCGGCCCACAACAAUGUCGUCAAGGGAUUGACCUUCACCAACGACAAGAAGCUUCUGUCUUGCGCGACCGACGGUAUCAAGCUUUGGGACCCUUACACACCAGCCUCCGACAACACAUCUCCUCUCGCAUCAUGGCAAGAAGGCGGCCCCUACACCUCUCUUUCGGUCCACCGGACAGGAAACGUCUUUGCUGCUUCUUCGGGUGCCGGCUGCAUCCGUGUGUGGGAUCUUGAGCAGAGCACAGCCGCCCAAACCAUCCAGUGGCCCAACCACACAGAUACCAUUACCGAUGUGUGCUUCAAUCAGGUUGAAACAUCCAUCAUUGCGUCUGUCGGAACAGAUCGGUCGGUUAUCUUGUUCGAUCUGCGAACAAAUAUGCCGGUUGUCAAGACAGUGCUCAAGUUUGCGGCCAACCGUGUUGUUUUCAACCCCAUGGAGGCCAUGAACUUGGCUGUGGCCUCGGAAGACCAUAAUGUCUACGUAUUCGAUGCCAGAAACUUCAACAAGGCUCAAAACAUCCACAAGGGGCACGUCGCGGCUGUAAUGGAUGUUGAGUUCUCGCCUACCGGUGAGGAGCUUGUUACUGGCUCUUACGACAGGACCAUCAGAAUCUUCAAGCGCGACCAAGGUUCAUCCCGCGACAUGUACCACACCAAGAGAAUGCAGAGAGUCUUCAGGACCAUGUGGACCAUGGACUCCAAGUACCUCAUCAGCGGCAGUGACGACGGCAACCUCCGUUUGUGGCGCGCAAACGCCUCAGAGAGAAGUGGAGUCAAGUCGACGAAGCAGCGACAAGCCCUCGAAUACAACAAGGCUCUUACCGAAAGGUUUGGCCAUAUGCCCGAAAUCCGCCGCAUCAGCCGUCACAGACAUGUGCCCAAGGUCAUCAAGAAGGCGGGCGAGAUCAAGCGCGAGGAGUUGGCGGCCAUCAAGAGGAGAGAGGAGAACGAACGGAAACACUCGGCCAAGAAGUUUGAGAAGCGCAAGAGCGAGAGAGAGAAGGCUAUCUUGGCCAAGGUGCAGUAA